CAUUAGUUUAAAAAAUAACAGAUUAGUUAGUUAGUUCCUUAAUUUUAGGUAUAAUGUAUAUUUAAUAAUUAAAUUAGAUAUGAAUAGAAAUAAUAGGAAAUAUAGUUAAAUAUAAUGGUCCAACCUAGACUAUUUGUAAGUAGAUAAAAAUUGCUUCUGUUUUAAUAGUAUUGAUUUCCGUCCAUACUUAAAAUAUUGAUAUCUCUUAAUAUUAUAAUUUUUAUGAAAUCUCUUUCUGUCUCUCACUAACAUGUAGAAAGGGAAGAAGAUAUUCAUCUCAUCAGGAAAAGUCAGCGUCUCUUUCUUCAUCAUCAACCUUCCUUCUUCUUCUUCAUCUUCUCAAUCUCUUCUGAAGACAAUCACAACUUAUUUCAAGAAAAUACUCACAAACACGAUGCUAGUGUCAUAAUCUCUUCUUCCCCUUCAUUAUGAUUAUAUUUUCUUGAUUUUCGAUCAGAUUCUUUCGUAUAGCUGUAUAUAAUAUACACCAACACACUCAUAUCAUCAUACAUAGAUUAUGUGCAGCUUCUUUUAGAUUCUUGAGAUGGACAAUUUUCAAGGGGACUUGACUGACGUCGUGCGAGGUAUCGGAGGCCACAUGUUGUCGCCGGAAAUUUCUUCUUCUCCCAACAUCUUGCCUCUUCCACAACCAUCGCCGUCAGAUCUUCACAUGAAUCCCUUUGGAGAUCCAUUCGUGAGCAUGACCGAUCCUCUUCUCCAAGAACUCAACGCGGUCACAAACUCUAGCCAUUUCUCCACCGCCGAAGAUAACGCCAACAACAACAACCGUUUCUUAGUUCCUAAGGUAGUACUUGAAGAUGAUCAAAUAAAGAGUCAAUGCAGUAUCUUCCCAAGAAUCCGGAUCUCGCAUAGUAACAUCAUCCACGAGUCCUCUCCGUGUAAUUCUCCGGCCAUGUCGGCUCACGUUUUGGCCGCCGCAGCCGCGGCCUCGCCUAGAGGGAUCAUCAACGCCAAUACAAACAGUCCUAGAAACUGUCUAUUGGUCGAUGGUAACACGUUCUCGUCUCAGAUUCAAAUUUCUUCUCCUCGGAAUGUAGGCCUUAAGAGAAGGAAGAGUCAGGCAAAGAAGGUGGUGUGUAUACCGGCGCCGGCUGCCAUGAACAGCCGAUCAAGUGGAGAAGUGGUUCCGUCUGAUCUAUGGGCUUGGCGUAAGUACGGUCAGAAACCCAUCAAAGGAUCUCCUUUUCCAAGGGGUUACUAUAGAUGCAGCAGCUCAAAAGGUUGUUCAGCAAGAAAGCAAGUGGAAAGAAGCCGAGCCGAUCCAAGCAUGUUGGUUAUCACAUAUACUUCCGAACAUAACCAUCCUUGGCCCAUUCAACGCAACGCUCUUGCCGGUUCCACACGCUCCUGCUCCUCUAACCCCAAUUCCUCCAAAUCCUCAACCACAACCGCUUCACACAAUGGUCCUCAAAGCAACACUCACUUACCUUCCUCAGCCUCUGCCGUUAAGAAUGAACAAACAGAAGAAGACAUGGAGUUGGAAACCGUAGAAGACGAUAAUAAGGUUGCUCCAUAUAGACCGGAGAUUCAUGAUCAGCAUCAGCCAGAUGAUUUCUUUGCAGAUCUUGAAGAGCUAGAACUAGAAGGAGAUUCUCUAAGCAUGUUGCUUUCUCAAGGAUGCGCCGGCGACCUGAACAAUGAAACGAUAGCGUCCGACGGGAUCAGUGAUUUCUUUGGUUGGACUGCGGGAAAUAAUAAUAAAGACGAUCAGUGAGUCAAAGUCUUUAUAGAUAGUGUUAGUUAAUUACUUAACAUAAAUAUUAUUUACGAUUAAGUUGAGCUUGUGAAAAUGACGACUAUAGCCUAGUGGUGGGUCAAUGAGCUGGUUACUUGACCGAUCGUUAAAGGUAUUAUCGUCAUUUGCUAUAUAUACAUUCUUUUUUCUCCGGCAGAUCUGUUUGUAAGUUAAAAAAAUGCCGUUUUCUGUGUGUUCUCUUUGUUUGGUAAAGGAAAUUAGAUUACAUAAAAGAAACAAAUUUCGAAAGUAUUAAUUGUACGUUAUAUUUUGCUCUGUAUGCAUUGAUGAAACAUUUGUUAGUAAACAAACAAAACAUAGUUCUUUAUCAAGAAAAAACAAACAAAACAUAG